GAGUGGCAGUGUUUAUAUAUGCCAUCCAGUCGAUAACUUGCUUUUAUAAGGGUACAUCCAUACAUUAUGUUGGGUUCAGGAAGACUCACCAAACCACGGUGCACAUACUUCCAGCGAAGACAUGCAGUGUGUUUGAUCCAACGGCCAACUGCUGGCGAAUUGGCUGCAUGCACAAAGUGGGCACAUGUGUGUACUUGUGGGGCUUGCAUGCAGCAGCAUUCCCCACCACUUCAAUUACCCCAGUCCGCUCCCCAUGUUAGCUAAGUAGCUAAAUGAAGAGGAAGUCAUAGAAAUUAGCCUUGAUUUGUAGGGCUAGCUCUUCCUGUCCCCACUACUGUAAUAGAGCACCUCGGAUAUGUCUAUGGAGGCUUACACCUACAGCAUGAUAAUUAUGCGUCCUACCGCACACUAACCCUAGCAACACAAAAAGCUACCACCUACAACUAAUGCAAAGUGUUGUGCUUAGAUAAUGUCUGACAUCAGUCUGUGUGGCAUCCUCUGCGGGUCACUUACGUAGCACUCUGAGACUUGCAAUACAGGAAGCAGGAAGGCGUAGCUGAAAGUGGAUUAAACCACAUUGCAGACUGGAUUGAGCCAAUGAGUCUAGCGUCACGUGAUUCACAGACUUAGCAACACAAUACUAUUACUAUGCAUAAUGUACAAGGUGUGAUCACAUUCUAAUGCUUAACUAGCCCCCCUUGCCCUUCUGGCUCUUGACUGAGGAUUACUGACUCGAUUAAUCACGCCACAUUCCUGGGCUAACAUCCGAAACAGUCUACCAAAGUCCACGUGGAAUGCUCCCAUUCUUGUUAAUCAACACGGCACCAUUAACCACCCCCUGUUUGACAGCGGCCAUGGCUUUGAUGCAGAGAUCAGUCUCAACACUUGGUACAUGUUUGGCCUACAUUUCUGAGCAGAUUGGUUCUGAAGAACCGCACCGCACACACUUCCUUAAGCGCAUUAGCAGGGCCCUCCGCUUACCAAUACAGCAGGAGUACACUUGGGAUGUACCUUUACAAUGUUACACGUAAUUGUGCACGCCCUAUAUUCAUAAUUCACAGUUAAAUUCACCGAAUAGCUUAACGGUGAUGUGGAUCUCUGCAGCAGCGGAGUGCCCAUCUCUUUUUCGUGUGUAUAUACCUGGACAGUGGAAUGUAAUAUCGCCGUCAUUACUUGGCCGAGGGGGGCAUGUAGUACUUCCCCAGUCCUGCUAGGUCAGAUGCCGCCUGUCUCAGAGCAUGCCAUUCCUCAUAUGCCUCUCCUUGCCCUCCGCAUUCCAUAGCAUCGUCAACUGCAGCUAACCAGGCCACUGGGUAUCACUUUCUCAUCCACUGGAAGGCCUCCCAGGGUCUAGGGCAUUACAAGUGUUUGUUUGGUGCAAGAUCAACUCUACAAUACGAUACUAUUGUGAUCGUGUGAUAUUAGGGCAGCAUGUAUUGUUGGCACCUCAGAUGCAAGCUGUAAUUCGACAGGCAGAAUUGCCCACUCUACGUGAAUUGAACCGCAGAGAAGACAUGGCAGCGUGUAGUGGCUGUGUUGUUCGCUAUUGUUUACCGUAGCUAACCACUGUUCCGAUCUCUUAGAAGUGUCUCUUACUUUCCAGUAGGUAGUAGGUGCAGAGCAUGUGUAGUCCUCUAGUUGUGUAAUACAUGAGAGUUGCAUUUCGCUACACCAAUGGCUUAACACCACAACAGUUCAUUAGGUACAGUGCCUACAAGCAAGGAUUAGAGUGCCAUUGUAAUCCCUGUUUCAGGACAACAAACUACAAAGCGCUGUGGUUGCAAAUGGUUCCUAUGGUGGCGUGUUUAGAACCUUUUGAAGGCAGCUCUUUGCUUGAGCUGAAAAGGCUUCUCAGUUAGCCAAGGUGUAUCCCCUGCCAGUGCACCGCUUGGUUUUGAAACUCUAGCAUCCACUCAUUUACCAUGCACCCAAAAACGGAUUUUUUUUAGCGACAGGACCUGGUUUUUUGUCCUAUGGGCUCUCUAUGGGGUCCGUGUGGCUGCGCGCUCUUGUAUUCUUCACCAGCUGAUGAGCUGAGCACUUGAACGCCUCUUACCAGCCUUAGCUACACCUUCCUUGGCUAAGCAUUAGCUCGGAAGCCGUACGCUGCACUGCGCAUAAUAGCUUGCGGUGCAUGAGCGGAAGCCCGCUGCGUCGCGAAUUAGCCCGUUAAUGAAUAUUUCCAGAGCCGCUCUGAGCGACAGUUGAAAAGCCCAGUGUAUAUAAUGUGCAGCAAAGAUUUCCUAUAAAGCCAGAAGCCUACGCCUCGCCCUUAGUCGUGAGACUCUGCAGUCGUUUGAAAGAAGAAGGCGCUUGACAGCAGCCCCUGCAAACCCUAUCACAGACGACACGCGACCUUGGAGGGAAAGUCCUUAGUGAACUACUCAACCGUGUCGGACGAAAACCUGCAAGUGCCUUUCCCCGCUCCUUCUCUUCUGUGAAUAAACUUUCCUCAGCCCCACACUCUCGGAAGCCAUAAGGGUACGCGCUCGGCCUGCCGUACAAACAAAACUACUACCUCCAAACUACACUGUCUUUGCUGGUGCGAGAGCGCGCCCGGUUUGUGGGAGCUUCAGAUCAUGUCCAGUGCCACACUGCUGAAUCCACCUGCUGCCUACAUGACGACGGACGGCGGAGCGUCACAGUUUGUCUCACCGUUCCCUCCGCCGCACUUUGGUAUGACUCACCAGUACUUCGCCGCCGCUGCCGGUCGGAGCCUGCGCGGAGACUUUCCGCCGUUUUUCGUGCAUAACGGCGGCCACCCGUCCUACUCUUCACCGUCACUCGAGUUCUCUGGCUACGCUCCGGGUCACUACGGGAACGUGCCUUUCAGCGAGAGCAAACCAGCAGUGCAGGAGCAGGAUGCAGUAAGUGCGCUCAUCUCCCUCAAGUCGGCCACCGGGAACUCUACUCCAGAGUCCUCCACACCUCCUGCCAUUUUCACCAAUGCCAUGUCCGGCGUCAUCCCACCGGAUGCCAGCCCGGAGCUCAUGCAGGCCGUGAGACAGAGCUCGGCCUCGACCUACGCCCCCGGAGAGACCAUCAGUGGCUACUCCAUUCCUCGCACCAGCAUCUGUCUCCCGGAGCACCAGUACGACGUGAAGCCCAUCCCUCUCAACAUGCUCCCCUUCUCCGUGGCCGGAGCGGUCAUGAGCGACGGGUCGUCCCCCGGCAGCAUCAAGUCAGACCACCACCACUCCCCGGGUGCCGUCGCCGCUGCAGCCAGGCCCAAGAGAACUCCCUCCAAGUCGGGCAACAACGUCUGUCAGAUGUGCGGGAAGAGCUAUGCCCGACCGUCCACUCUCAAGACCCACAUGCGAACGCACUCGGGCGAGAAGCCGUAUCAUUGCGAGAUCUGCAACAAGGCCUUCACGCAGGCGGCUAACCUGACCGCUCACCUUCGCACCCACAGUGGCGAGAAGCCGUUCUCGUGCCCCAUCUGCCAGAAGCGGUUCUCGCAGAGUUCGUCUGUCACAACACAUCUCCGGACGCACUCGGGGGAGAGACCGUACCGGUGCGACUACUGCGGGAAGGCCUUUGCCGACACGUCGACUCUCACCAAGCACAAGAGGAUCCACAGCGGGGAGAAGCCGUAUCGGUGCAAGGUCUGCAAUCUUGGGUUCUCGCAGUCGGGGAACCUCCACCGCCACAUGAAGACUCACACCAACAACAGCCAGUGAGAGACACACAGCAGGUCACCCCCCACCACCUACAGUUCCCCUCCCCUCCACUCUCAUGUGUUAAUACGUAUACUCUUCGUCCCCCUGCCUAGCGAUACAUGCGUAUCCUCAGUCGACCAUAUAUGCAGAAAAAAACUGCAUUGAGCAUAAUAUUGGUCCACUUUCUCUACUCUUUAUCUUUCUCUUCACCUCUCCUUCCUUGUCCAAGCUAUGUUUAUAAUAUGCUCUCUGUAAGAAGCAUAGGUAUCCAUCUCAGCACUGGUGUUUCUGUGAUCGUGAAAUUUUGUGUUAUGCUAUAACCAGUUCAGUACUCAUCCGAAUAUACAAUGUCAUUCUGAUAAUAAAGACCAUAUAACCACCAUUCUCAAGUAUCAUGAUAGUAUUAUAUUUUUGUACCAAAUUUUGGAUCUCUAUUUUUGUAUGUUUAAUAGUGUAGUGAGCCCUUUUCCUAUUGUGUAGCCAAUCUCCAAAUAGCUGUCUCUUCUGUCAAUCACAUCUCUGCACACCCUCAGCCAGCUAACUGAUUCACACUCUUUCAUGUCUCCUCAUUCAUAUUAUCCACGUUAUGACUCCAGCUUGUGUAUAUAAUAUGCUCCAAAGCGACCGCUGGCAAGUUUGCCACCCACCGAGUGGCGGCUCGCGAACAGGGUG